GCCUCUCCGAAUUUUUGGUUUUUCCUUUUUUUUACCUUAAAGAACACUGUGGAUGAAAAGCUAAUCGUACUGAAAUCGUCUAUAAUCUGUGGUACUUAGAAAAAAACAGAAGUAUAAUAAGGUUAAGUUUGUGAAAGUUAGGUUAGCAGGUUAAAUUCAGCUAAGGUUUUAGUUGGAUAAAAACAGUUUGAUAGGAUAAUUUUACGUUAAACUACCCAACCAUGAUCAACUUAACUCUGAAAAGAGUAACAUCAAAUUCCCGACUUCCUAGAAAAACGUUGGAACGAUUAUAUUCCACCUCCCUAAACCCUGUGCAAAAAGACACUGAGGAACAGUAUAAUAAAGAGUUGAAAAGGUUUGAUCGUUUGACGAAUAUUGAGAAGCGAACGAGGCCUAAAAAGCCACAACGAGAGCCGUUUGUGAAAAAUUUGUUGGUCGGUAAAUAUGAUAACGAAAUAUUGACUUUUCCUGAGCUAGACUUGGGAGAAGUAAGAAAUGUGGAAAAGGCAGUUGAAGAACUAGGAAAAGUUUUGAAGCAAAAUCAUAUGGUCAAUGUAUCCUCUAUUGGAAAUAAACAAUUUAGGCAAACUUUGGCUGAUUAUCAAGCUAUUGGCUUACAAUGUUCUCAAUUUUUGGAUGCCAAAGAAUGCUGCCCAAUGGAGUUUACCAGGUAUCUGGAUACACUAGCAGAACAUAAAUUAGGAGCCAACUUAAUUGAUAAUGAAGUAAUGGGUAUUCAAGCGUUAAACACAUUUGCAAAUGUAGAUUUACAAAAGAAAUAUUUAUAUCCGCUUAUAAAAGGAGAAAUGGUUUCCGCAUUUGCUAUAAUUGAGAACGAAUUAUUCGAUCUUAAAAAUAUGAUGACCACUGCAGUUUUGUCGUCUGAUAAAAAGCACUGGGUUUUGAAUGGAAACAAAUGCUUUGUUGUUAACGGGAUUUCUGCAGAUUUUUAUGUAGUAUUGGCUGUUAGUGAGAAAGCUGUCUUAGACAGUGAAACCGUAAAUAGUCUGAGUGCCUUCAUUGUUGAAAAAGACAGCAAAGGCGUCAGUUGGAAAAAAUUGGAAUCAGCUAAUUUUGAAAUAGCCGAUAUUACUUUUGAUAAUGUACAAGUUCCAGCUGAAAAUUUAUUGGGACCAAAGAAUGCAGCUGAAAAAAUUGCGGAAGAUGUUAUUGGGGGUAUGAGAGUCAGUUGUGGUCCAGCAUGCAAUGCCAUCUCAAGAAACAUGCUUAACAAGCUUCACAACACUUUUGUUGAGAACUCUGGUGAAUUUGAUUUAACAUCGACUGAUGCGGUUAAAUCGAAGUUGGGAGAGGUCACAAUGCAGCUAUAUGCAGCGGAAAGUGUGACAUAUUUAACAGCAGGUCUUAAAGAUUGGUAUGAAAAUCAAGACCUCGAUGUUGAAAAUGCUAUUGUGAAGGUUGUCAGUUCAGAAGUGGCGUACAACAUUUCUACAACAUGUUUACAUAUGAUCGGAUCACCAGCUGCUUUGAAAGAUCACUGGGUCAGAAAGUGCCAAGAUGAUAUCAUAAAUUAUUUAACGCUGCACGAAACCAAUGAAAGUCUUAGGAUGUUCAUAUCUUUGAAUGGCUUACAGCAUACAGGAAUUAUGUUAUCAGAGACGAUAAAGAAAUUUCGCAAUCCUUUGCAUCACGGACUCUUUAUGCUUAAGAGCAUGUUUCACCUACGCGAUCAAUACAAUGAUAAACCGAAACUUAACUAUGAGUUGUACGGUAACCUUCAUCCAUCGUGCCAUGAACCAUCGAAGCAGCUUGAAUAUUGCUGCAAGAGACUACAGUUUGUUGCAGACAUAUUACUAAGAAGACAUGGUCUAGAAUGUGUAAAUAAGCAUGCGGAUUUAAGAAGAAUUGCUGAUAUAAUGAUAGAUUGUUACACCAUGACGGCUGUUUUAGCACGUGCGUCUCGGGCUUAUUGCAUAGGGCUCCAAUUCUCAGCGUUUGAAAUGAUGAUGGCAUCUGUUUAUUGCAAUAUCGCUACCGAGCGCGUGAAGGAUAACGUAAUGAAUAUAAUGUAUUCAGAAUACAAAGCAAAUGAUACCAAUUUUAUCGCUAUUGGAAAACGAUUGAUUGAGAGUAAAGGUCAUUUUACCUGCAAUCCCAUCACUAGGUUCUUUUAGUUGAACAUCUUUAAAAACUAGUUAAUUGACAUUUUUGGAAUUUGCUUUCUAGAUCUAAUUAAUUGCAAUAAUUCGGAAUUUUGUAAUAUAAUAUGUUCUCACAGUGAAUAUUGUUUAAUGCAUGGAAUGCUGAUACUGUUGUGCGUUUUUAAAUUAUAUGAUUCAUUAUAAAUGAAAUGCAUUUUGUUAUCUACCAUCGAGCAAUUGAGAAAUAUAUUGAAUAAGAACAAUUGUGUUCAUUUCAGAUAUCCAAAAAAUUCAACCUUCAAUCUCUGAGUUCAUUCAACCCAGAAAAUUUCUGCAAUCUGGUUGAAAAAUAUAAUAAUUUACAAUUCCAAAAUCAACAUGUUUUAGAUACUAUGGAACGUCUAUUAAUUCCGAAUAAAUCUAGUAUAUCUCAUUGUCA